CACCCUCGUUUCCGGUGGGGGAGGACACACUUGAGAAUUUGAAGAAAAGAGGACCGAACUAGUUUUCCGAAAUAACCAACAAGCUGGAUUUUUUUCGUGAUGCAAAUCAAAAUAUUUAUCUCACUUUAGUAACUUAAGGUUGAAGUUCACUCAUUCUCUUCUAACUGGGUAUGUUUGGUACCACAAGUGACCACAAGGCGCCAUAUUGGAUACACAACAAACUCAAGGAAGUGGUGGAGCAGUUCUUCAGAGGGAACGCUGUCCAGGCUGGAAACACUCUUUGUGGUUCCCAUAUGACUAACAGGCGAAUCAGUGGUGUGUGUUGAGCCAACUCCUCUCCUACACAUGACUUCCUUGAGUCAGAGAAGUUCAGGCCUCGUGCAGAGGCGCCCAGAAGCCUCGCGCACCGCCGCCGACAAAGAGCGCGAGGUAGGCCGAGAGGAGCAGGAGCCCCGGCGGGGAGAGGAGUUGGACCAUGACGACAGCGGAGACUCCAAAGAAACGCGGCUCACCUUAAUGGAAGAAGUCUUGUUGUUAGGACUGAAGGACCGAGAGGGCUACACAUCAUUCUGGAACGACUGUAUAUCAUCGGGCUUGCGAGGGUGCAUGUUGAUUGAGUUGGCCCUACGAGGACGCCUUCAGCUGGAGCCAUGUGGCGUGAGGAGGAAGAGUCUGCUGGCCAGAAAGGUGCUUUGUAAGUCAGAUGCUCCAACAGGUGAUGUGCUUCUGGAUGAAGCUUUAAAACACAUCAAAGAGACCCAACCCCCAGAGACCGUGCAGAGCUGGAUUGAACUGCUGAGUGGAGAGACGUGGAACCCACUGAAGCUCCAUUAUCAGCUGAGGAAUGUCCGUGAACGGCUGGCCAAAAACCUGGUGGAAAAAGGUGUUCUCACCACAGAAAAACAAAACUUCCUGCUUUUCGACAUGACCACACAUCCCCUGACCAACAACAACAUCAAGCAGCGUCUCAUCAAGAAAGUCCAGGAAGCAGUUGUAGAAAAGUGGGUGAACGACCCUCAUCGAAUGGACAAGCGAUUGCUUGCACUUAUAUUCUUAGCCCAUUCGUCAGAUGUCUUGGAAAAUGCUUUUGCCCCACUGGUAGAUGAGCAGUAUGACCUGGCCAUGAAAAGAGUGCGGCAGCUACUAGAAGUCGAGCCUGAGGCGGAGAGCAUGAAGGUCAACACUAAUGAGAUGUUAUGGGCUGUGGUGGCUGCUUUCACUAAAUGAGAUUUAGGAGCAUCGCACACAGUCUCUAGUGGUCCUUUCCAUGUACUUUUAGGUACACAUUGAAGUACUAAUACUAUGAGAGCUUGGCUGGUGUUGACUGAACUUUAGGGGAUUCAGUCUUACUGGCAUUUUCUUUUUUUCUUCCAGAACUGUUCCCAUGGACCAAUAAAAGCCAGUUUUUGCUCCAAAUACUAUUUUAGUUAUUACUUUGCUAAAAAUCUGAACUCUGAUCGAAAGUGAAGAAAUGGUUUAGGAAACACUGGAUUAAAAUCAACGUUUUGACUGGUUUGUAGUGUUUGUUUUUCAGUGAUUAUUAGUAUGUCAAAUGAAAGGUUUGGGAUAUGUGAGAAUACAGUGACCAACAUUGAUGUGCAAGGACAAAUCCAUGUAAGAGCAGUGACUUUGUUAAGAAGUUAUAUGAUAAUGCUGGCAAGACCAAAUGAUAUUGAAUUGUAAGUAUGCAAUGUCCAUGUUUUCACUUGUUUCAUAUCAAGAAUAAGAAAGCAGAUGAUGUGGCAAGAUCCAAA